ACAAUUUAUCCAAAAAUGCUCGAGCUGUGUUCACACUUAGGUAUAAUACUAACUUGACCAUGAAACCUUCUGCCCUUAUCGAGAAUGCUGAGACAAAUCAGAAGAAAAGAAGACAGCUCGCGUCAAUCAAGUGUCGUAGACCUAACAUUGAAUAUAUUAUAGUUUCGAAGCGGUUCAAAGGUCGGUUGGUAGCACGACAGAUAGCGAUAUCGUCUCAGUUCAUUCCAUCUGUUGGAGCAUGCCGCAUGCCGUAUAAUAAAGUUCUCGCAUUCGCUUUCAAGAGAGUGUCGUUUUAGAAGCACAGUGUUCGGCAGACGGUGCGGUUUGAUACGUUCAAGAUCAACGAUUAUUUCGGAAUGCUGUCGGAAGAUCCAGAAGGCGUAAAAUACCGCACGUCAGACUAUCGCGGUUUUUUUCUAAUGAUCAUUCUCGUUUCAACUCUCUCAGGGGUAUCUUCGAGAAGUGUCGUGAUGGAGGGCGAUGAAAAGGCUGACGAAUUUUGGACGAAACCCGUAAGUACGACCGUGAACGAGCCUCAUUGGACUCGCGAUGAUGCUCCGACAGAGAGGAAGUAUGCAAGAAACACCGGGACUGAGACGGUGGGUUGCGACUUUGGAUGUGCAAUCGUGCUGACAAUGAGACCCGAAGAGAAGCCAAGUGAUCCGCUAACCGCGAGAAUCCGGAGAGAGGACAAGGAGAUGGUUACUCAGAACGAUCCGAAGUCGAACGAUUACAUGAGUAGCUACUACGCCCAGAGGAAGGCGAUCAUGGACAAGUACAACUCGCAACAAAAUGAGAUCACGAAGAGACGUGAGAGGGCGAAGAAGCUGAUAGCCGAGGCGAAAAGAGCCAAGGAGGCGAAAAUGCAAGUUCAUCCGGAGAGAAAUGACUCCACUCAAGACCGCGGUCGGGACGAGGAUACGCUUCAUCCCCCGAGUGUUGUCACAUAUUCUCCUGAGCUUGGUUCAACAGUUGUGCCGAUUCCGAAUAACGAUGUUGACCUGAGGGGUGAGGAGAAUAAUUCGGAGAAUCAACAUGGCUUUACUAUUCCUGAUACAAAAUUCAACGACACCCAAACAGCGACUUCGGAGAGCAUGAGAUCCUUUACCGACCCGAUCGAAGACGGAACUCUGAAAAAUUCGAGCGACUUUAAUCCCCAUGUCGGCGAAUAUGGGGAUUCGUCGCCGACAGUCGAGACACCUCGUCUGACGGAAAAUAAUGAUAUCGAAUUUGUCGCGCCGGUCGAAAAUUCUCUGAAACAAAAACGCGAUAAUGAAACUCUGAUCGUCGACCUCGGAGCCCAUCUCACAGCUUCGUCGAGGGGAAACAAGUCGACCUCCGAAGAGCUGGAGAGUAUUUUUCAAUGGGAAGCACCGACAACAGACGAGACGUUCACUCGACCUAACGCGGUUGUUAUUUCAGCCAAUGGUCAGUCGGACAAUUCGAGUCAGGUUUCAGCCUCUCAGGAUUCCAUGGUGAAGGUAAAGACUUCCCCAGAGGUGUACGUGACGAAAAAUAUAGAAAACGUCAAAACUAACACGAUGGUAUACAGAAAUUCGACCCACGAAAUUGUCGCGAUCAACGGUGCCGUAACUUCCAUCAAGAGGAUCGACGGCGUUUCCGCCAACGUUGACCAGGAUAUAAAAAAUCGCAACUUUACGGAUUCUAGCAUGUCUGGGACGGUAGAAAUCGGUGGCGCCAGGGAGUCGGAAUGGUGCGAGGAAUGCCCGCACGACUACAGAUGGGGAGAAUGCGAGGGGAUUCUCUUUUAUCAGCAUAACAUAUUCCUGAGAAACAGAGGACCUUCCGCAGUGGACGCUGUGUUUGGAAUGGAUACGCAAGGCCCCGUGUACAUAACCUGUGUCGAAGCCCUGCGUUAUAAUCAAACCAGGGGAAUAGUCAGCCUACAUUCUGGUGGCCCGGCUCAUAAUUUUGCAAAAUUACGUGUCAGAGGAUUUCAUGGCGAAGGUUUUUCGUACAUUAUGAAAGUCUGGGGCGUCAGCAGUGAGAAAUUUCACGAGAGCAACAGUUAUCCGUGAAAACAGAAAAUAAAAAUAAUAAUUAUGAUAUUAAUGAGAACAAGAAAAACUUGGUAUUGCAUACAUUUUGCAUAGGAAUGAAGAAACUUAAAACAC